AUGUGUGUACGUGUAUAUAAAGAUGAUGAAAAUGGCUGGUCCCCGUGGUCUGAGUGGACCCACUGUUCGGCCACCUGUGGACGUGGAGGGCAGCAAAGGGGCCGAUCCUGCAAUGGCAUCAUGCCGUCCUGUGCCGGCCCGUCAGUCCAAACCCGCAGCUGCAUGCUGAUAAAGUGUGGCCGCAAGGCUCGUCCUGACGGGAACUGGGGCCUUUGGUCUCCUUGGUCUGCGUGUACAACUACGUGUGGAGAAGGCAACAACACACGGGUACGUCUCUGCAACCAGCCUCCGCCCCAGAAGGGGGGCAGAGGGUGCACGGGGAGCGCCAUGGAGACACAACAUUGCAACAACACGCUCUGCCCCAUUGCUGGAGGCUGGACAGGCUGGACCGACUGGUCGCUGUGCUCAGAGUCGUGUGGUGGAGGUCUUACGAGUCGCCAGCGGGAGUGUUUGAACCCCGCCCCUCAGCACGGUGGGAAGUCUUGUGCUGGAGACGCUGUGGACUAUGAAGCAUGUAACAAACAACCAUGUCCUUUAGAUACAUGUUUGCUUUCAAAUCCAUGUUUUCCUGGAGUGAAAUGCACAUCCCAUAGAGAUGGGUCAUGGGAGUGUGGAGGUUGUCCGUUGGGUUUGCAAGGCAAUGGCACUCACUGUGAAGAUGAGAACGAGUGUGAAGUGGAGAGUUUGUGUGUCACAGAGUGUGUAAACACAGACCCUGGCUUCUACUGUCUGCCCUGUCCUCCUCGGUAUAAAGGCACCCAGCCGUACGGCCUCGGCAUGCACGACGCCCAGAAAACCAGGCAGGUGUGUGAGCCAUACAAUCCUUGCAAAGACAACACACACACCUGCCACAAGUAUGCGGCUUGUGUGUACCUGGGCCUGGCGUCUGAGGUUUUGUUCAAGUGUGUGUGCGCUGUUGGGUUUGCGGGCGACGGCUCCCUGUGUGGUGAAGACUCUGAUCUGGAUGGCUGGCCCAACAACAGAUUACCCUGCAAGCAGAAUGCAACAUAUCACUGUCAAAAGGAUAAUUGCCCCACACUACCAAACUCUGGACAGGAAGACCUGGACAAGGACGGACAGGGAGACACCUGUGAUACUGAUGACGACAAUGAUGACAUCAUAGAUGAGAGGGAUAACUGCCCGCUGGUGUACAACCCUCGGCAGUUCGACUCUGACAGAGAUGGAGUCGGGGAUCGCUGUGACAACUGUCCGUUUGAAAGCAACCCGCUGCAGACGGACACUGAUGACGAUGGAGAGGGAGACGCCUGCAGCAUUGACAUUGAUGGAGAUGAGGUUCUGAAUGACCGUGACAACUGUCCCUUAGUCUACAACACUGACCAGAGGGACACAGACUUGGAUGGUGUUGGAGACCAGUGUGACAACUGUCCUCUUCUACACAACCCACAGCAGCUGGACUCUGACAGCGACCUGGUGGGGGACAUGUGCGACAACAACGAGGACAUCGAUGAGGACGGCCUCCAAAACUCUAUGGACAACUGUCCCUACAUUCCCAAUAGUAACCAGGCCGACCAUGACAAGGACGGGAAGGGAGACGUCUGUGACCAUGACGACGACAACGACGGUAUCCCUGACGACCGGGACAACUGCAGACUCGUGCCUAACAGGGACCAGCUGGACUCUGAUGGUGAUGAGAGCGGAGAUGCAUGCUUUGAUGACUUUGACAAUGACAGUAUUCCAGAUGCGCUGGAUCCAUGUCCGUUGAACCAGGAUAUUAGCUCUACAGACUUCAGGAAGUUUCAGGUUGUUUUGUUGGACCCUAAAGGCACCACGCAGUCUGACCCUCUCUGGGUGAUCCGCAGCCAAGGCACGGAGCUGCUGCAGUCGGCCAACUCGGACCCUGGCAUCGCUUUAGGAUAUGACAAGUUCAGCUCGGUGGACUUCAGCGUGACAUUUUAUGUGAAUACGAACCGAGAUGACGACUACGCAGGCAUUGUGUUCGCCUACCAGUCCAGUCGACGCUUCUACGUUGUCAUGUGGAAACAGGUGUCUCAGGCAUACUGGGAGAAAAAGCCGUUCAAAGCUUUUGGCACAGCGGGAGUCUCCAUCAAACUGGUCAACUCCACCACAGGACCGGGGGAGUAUCUACGCAACGCCCUGUGGCACACCGGAAACACCAGACACCAGGUCAGAACAUUGUGGCAUGAUCCCAACAAAAUUGGCUGGAAAGACUUUACAGCCUACCGCAUGCACCUAAUCCACAGACCCAAGACUGGUUUCAUCAGGGUGGUGGUGUACGACGGCAGAGAGAUUUUAUCUGACUCGGGGGCGGUGUACGACCACACCCUCGCUGGAGGCAGACUGGGACUGUUUGUCUUCUCUCAGGAACACGUCCUCUUCUCAGACCUCAGAUAUGAGUGCAGAGGUAAGAUAUCCCGUCAAAACAUUUGUCCUUACUACUGA